AUGUUCGCCUCCCCCGUCUACCGCAGUACCUGGAAGGGCGACGGCAAGAGCACCGCCGCCGCCCUCGUCAUGCAGAAGGCCUUCGAGGGCGUCAUCCUGACCGCCUCGUACCCCAAGAGCCAGAUCGACAUCUAUUUACAGGUCCUCCAGAACGACGGCGGCGCGCUCGUCGCCACUGCCAAUGCCGCCAGUUUGGCACUGGUUAAUGUCGGCGUGGCCAUGUCGGAUUUCGUCGUCGCUUGUGGUGUGGGCUCUGUGGACGACACCUUUGUCGUUGAUCCUAGCUCGUUGGAGAGCGCCUCGGAUCGCCCGGAGCUCACGCUCGCCGUCUUGAGUCACUCUGCUAAGAUUGCUUCGUGUUAG